CUGCUUUUCAAAGUUCACAUUUCACAUUCAAAAUCUUCAAACUGCAACCGCUCUGCCCUGCUCAAUCAUGUCACCUCGACAACAAUAAUUUAUACAUCCAACCAUUUUCAUCCUUUUUCUCUCUGUUUUGUCCUUGAUCACUUUCUCUAGUUCUUGUUCACACUACCAAACUGCAUUUUUAAACAAAGAUUUUCAUUUGGGCUUUCAUUUUUAGUCUCAAGAAAUGGAAGCCACAUCUCCUAUUUCUGUGCAACAAAGUCUUAAUCUUCUAGAUCAGACUCCUGAGUUUUCCCCAAAGCCAUCACCUUUGAAGAAAAAUUUUGUUACUUCUUUAAUGGAAGCAGCCACAUUGAGAACCCCUUCUUUUAAAGAAGAUACAUACUUCAUUUCCCACCUCAAAGCAUCUGAAAAGAAGGCUCUCCAGGAGCUUAAGGAUAAGCUCAUGGCUGCCUCAAAUGGGCCUGAUUCUAUGUGGGGCAUUCCACUCUUGGGAGGUGAUGAAAGGGCUGAUGUUAUUCUCUUGAAAUUCCUUCGUGCAAGGGAAUUUAAAGUUCAAGAUUCACUUAGUAUGUUGCAGAAGUGUCUUUCUUGGAGAAAAGAUUUUGAGGCUGAUGGCAUUGUGGAAGAAGAUUUGGGGUUUAAGGAGCUUGAAGGUGUUGUGGCUUAUAUGCACGCUUAUGACAGAGAGGGACAUCCAGUUUGCUACAAUGCUUAUGGGGUUUUCAAAGACAGAGAAAUGUAUGAGAGGGUUUUUGGGGAUGAUGAUAAGCUUAAGAAAUUCUUGAGAUGGAGAGUUCAAGUUCUUGAAAGAGGUAUUAAAUUACUGCAUUUUAAACCUGGUGGGAUUAACUCCAUUAUUCAGGUAACUGAUCUCAAAGACAUGCCCAAAAGAGAGCUCAGAGUUGCCUCGAAUCACAUUUUAUCUCUCUUUCAAGAUAAUUACCCUGAAAUGGUAGCGCGCAAGAUCUUUAUCAAUGUGCCAUGGUACUUUAGUCUGCUGUAUUCAAUGUUCAGUCCAUUUCUCACUCAAAGAACAAAGAGCAAAUUUGUGAUAUCCAAGGAAGGAAAUGUUGCUGAGACACUUUACAAGUUUAUUAGGCCAGAGGAUGUCCCUGUUCAAUAUGGUGGACUGAGUCGACCCAGUGAUGUCCUUAAUAGUCCACCAAAACCAGCAUCCGAGUUCACUGUCAAAGGUGGAGAGAAAGUCAACAUACAAAUUGAGGGCAUUGAGGCCGGUGCAACAAUAUCAUGGGACAUAGUAGUUGGUGGCUGGGAAUUGGAAUACAGUGCUGAAUUUGUCCCCAAUGCAGAAGGUAGCUACACCGUUGCUGUGGAGAAACAGAGAAGGAUGGCAGCCAACGAAGACGCAAUUCACAACUCGUUUACGGCCAGAGAAGCCGGAAAAAUGGUUCUUUCCGUCGAUAACACCGCCUCCCGCAAAAGAAAAGUUGCUGCUUAUCGAUAUCUCGUCCGAAAGUCCACAUCAAUAGUGUAGAAUCAAGAAAGAAUUGUCUGUUUCUUUGUUCUUUUUGGGCUCUUUUGUUUGUGUCUUUUUCUUUUUAACCUGCUUCUCUUUUGUGGGGAGUUUAAAUGCCCUGCAUAAUCUACGCCUAAUAGUACUGUACUCUAAAUGAUCUCUUUAUAUUAAUGGGGUUGUGACCUUCACAGUCUA